AUGAAAGCGUGUCGCACGCCGUGCGACCGCUGUAGCUCCGUUCAAUCGGUUGAAGUCUCGGUAGCAGUCUCGUUCCCGGUGCCGCGCCGCCCGCGCCCCGCAGCCCGCGCCCCGCCGCCGCUGGUGCAGAUCACGUGCCGUGCGCUUGAACAGGCUCCCCGCCUUGGGAACCCUGGUUACCAAGAGACUCGUCCUCUGGCCUCGUUCAACCCCCUCCAG